AUGGAUAACAAGACAUCUGUCUUUUUUCUUUUGCAAUUUUCAAAUGUUUGGGAGCUACAGAUUAUAUACAUAGCUUUACUACUAAUGUUAUAUUUAAUGACGGUAACAGGGAACCUUCUCAUCAUCUCUGCUGUUGUUUGUGACCACCACCUUCACACCCCCAUGUACUUCUUCCUGAUGAAUCUAGCCAUGCAAGACAUUGGUUCAGUUUCAGUCAUAAUUCCCAAAGCUCUUUUUAAUUCUCUUACAAAUACAAGGCAUAUUUCUUACUCAGGGUGUGUUGCUCAAGUCCUCUUGUUUGUCUUCUUCCUGGGCUCUGAUAUUGCCCUGCUCACUGUCAUGGCAUAUGACCGGUAUGUUGCCAUUUGCAAUCCUUUGCAAUAUGAAACGAUAAUGAACAGGAAAGCCUGCACCCAAAUGAUUGGCAGUGUAUGGACUGCCAGUUUUCUCAAUGCUGCCUUGCACACUACUGAAACGUUUACUAAUCCUUUCUGCUCUAAUAUUGUCAAUCAAUUUUAUUGUGAAAUCCCCCAUUUACUUAAGCUUGCCUGCCCUGGUUUAGAUGUAACUGAAAUUGGAGUUGUAGCGUUCAGUGCUAUAUUAUCCGCUGGUUGUUUUGUUUUUAUAGUUGUUACUUAUGUGGAGAUCUUUUCUGCUGUUUUGAGAAUUCCUUCUGUUCAAGGAAGGAAGAAGGCCUUCUUCACUUGCCUACCCCACCUCAUUGUCUUCUCUGUAUUUUUGUUUACUGUUUCCUUUGCUUAUCUAAGACCCAUUUCUAAUAGACCAUCAAACCUUGAUUUCAUAAUUACGAUGAUUUAUUCCAUACUUCCACCCAUGAUGAAUCCAAUAAUCUAUAGUAUGAGAAACAAGGACAUCAAAGACGCUCUUUCAAAACUUCUUAGGCUGCGGUCAUUUGUUUUUGAAAACCUGUGA